AAUAACGGAUAGGUUAUUUUGAAUUUCGAAUUUUUCGUGUCUUGUGUGCGAUCUCACAUAGUUUUGUUCAGCAUGUCUCUAGAUAAUACUCAUGCGAGAUGCACCUGGUGAUAAAAUAUUAUCGGUAAUAAAAUUCUUAGUUUGGUGGAAAGAUUGAAACUGUCAUAACUAGAUGAUUAAAAUAGUUAUAAAUUUUAAUAUAAAUUUUUUUAAAUCUAAUAGAAUCUAAAUAUCUAAUAGAAUCAAAUAAUCUUCGUAGGCGACUGCAAUACAGCUACUGGCAAAGGAUUUAUACACUGGUCAAGAGAAAUGCUUGUUCAUGUUUUAAAAGAAGAUUUUUUCCGCUGUUAAGUUCAGCUAUUCAAUAAAGCUAUUCAAUUUUAGUACUCAAACUGAUUAUACAGAGAUAAAUAAGUAAUUUUUUUUAUAUAGAUUGAUAUAUAUAUAGAUGAAAACUUAUGUGAUAUCGCGGGGUUUGUGAUAGCGAUAGCUGCAACAGAAUUAACACCUUGUUUUGUAUAUUUUAGUGACGUUAACGUCGAUGUCGUAGAUGAAGCGUGAUUCCAAAUUUGGAGGAGUAGACUUUUUCAAUAGCAUACUUGGAAUUUUUUCGUAUUCUUGUAGUUAUUUUCCAUUAGCGCAUACUAUUAUGUUCUAUAUAGUGUUUAUACAUAUCGAUUUAUCAAUAACAAGACCACUUUCCCGUGUUGCAGAUGUUUUCCGCUGAUUAUAGAUUUCGAUCGAAUAUAAUGAAUCGUGUUAUUAAUUAAAAGUUUUGUAAAUUAAUAAGACAAAUAAUGCUGAUAAUUUCUUGCUUAAUUGCUUAAUUAUUCUACUGUGCGUUUAUAAUUCAAUAAAUAAUUAAUUCAACAAUUUUUUCAGUCUUUAUAAUUAUUACAGUGCAAACGAGAUUCCAAUACAUGCUAAUUGAAUUAUUCAAUUAAUAUCUCUUUAUAUACCAUUGUAUAUCUUUGUGUAUCUAUCUAAAAUUUUUUAUAUACAAAUUGAUCAUUUGAUUUGUAUAAAUUUGCCCAUAUUGUAUGCAAGCCGUUUUUAUUAUGCUUUAACAAAGCGGUCAGGUAAUUGUCGUGUGACACGGAUAACUGCUAUUAUGUAUGUUCUUAUCUGAUAAACUAAUUUGACUACUUUAUUCGCUGCGGUCGGUAUGAAGUAACUGCAAUCGCAAAAUAUAUUGGCUCCGGGAUCAUUGUGAAUCGUGCUCGAGCUGGUUUCGUUGAGCUGACUUGUAAAAUCAGUCGAAUUCCUACUAUCGAUUGCACGAAGGAUGUUUUUCAAACUCGAUCUCUGUUUCAUUUUAAGUCCGAUUGUCUUCACAUGGAUAUCAUUCGAUUUCGUGUGCGGUCUACUGAUUAGGCCGAUUUCGGUGUACAUGGGUUUGAUCAAAGAUACACAUGAAUACUUCAGUAACACAUGUAUCUUUCUUCUGCACAAUUCUAAUGAAACGGGACUUAUGGAAAAUGAACAUAUACUCUUUCUUCAAAAAUAUCUGAGCAAUGAUUUUAUACCCACCGCCGUCAUGGAUUUUCGUAUGUUUAAUGAACAAGUUGGACAACGUUUUUAUGACAUCGAGAGACCUUUGUUCGUCUUAAUGAACGAUGCUUUAAGAGAUGAUUUUGCGCAUGAAUUAGCAUCGUGGAUCGCGAUGGAUUAUCCCACCUGGCUAGUAUUUUUUGGUAACGAGACUAGUAUCAUGGAAUUUUUCUUUGAAAUUUACGUGCCAUUUGAUUGUGAGUUUAUGGUGGCUCAGAGCAGUCCAAACGUAAUUGGAAGAGAGAUCAUCACUGAAGUCUAUCGAGUUGACAGAGGAAAAGAAUUGAGAUCCGAACAAUUUGGUGUAUGGGAUAUAAAACACGGUCUAAAGGGUCCAAGAAAUGGUAGAGAACCAUAUAUUAGAAGAAAGGAUCUAUUUGGUCAGAAUAUACGUGUUACGUCGGUUCACGACCCUCCUCUCAGUCUGAUUCGCCGUAAUACACAAAAUGAGAUGAUAGGAAUAGAUGGCUUUUUUGGAGAAGUACUGCUCGUUUUGCAGAAAUCACUAAAUUGCACAUUUACUUACAAAGAGGCCCAAACAUGGGGCACGUGUCUACCAAACGGUUCGUGUACAGGUGCGGUUGGAAUGUUAAAGAAUAACGAUGUUGAUUUUGCGGCGAUGGAAUUCAUGAUGACCUCGGAUAGAUUAGAUGUUAUCAGUCUUACACAGCCUCUCUUCACAACCAAGUAUCGUGUAUAUAUUAAAAGGUCUACGACGACUGAUUUGAAAUGGAAUGCUUACAUGGCACCAUUUUCCGGGAACAUUUGGGGCACUAUCGUUUUUAUCAUCGUACUUUCUAGUGGACUGAUCGUGUUCAUUCAGAAACUAUUUCCAUUCGUGUUACCAUGUUUUCGAAAUGAUUAUUUGAGAUUUACAGAAAUUAUGUUUUUUAACUUAGGAGCGUUUUGUAAUCAAGGUAUGAAACAAUCAACUCUGGAUCCUAUAAGAAUAGUGCAGCUGGUAAUUCAUGUAUUGGCAGUCGUCAUAGUAGCAGCGUAUUCUGCUGCCUUAGUUAGUCAUCUUGCUGUUAAAACGUUCGUCAUGCCUUUUACGACUAUGGACGGCCUACUGCAGGAUAAGACUUAUCGUUUUGGCGUAAUCAAAGACUCAGCUGAUUAUAAUUUAUUCCAGAACACAUCGGAUAGAACAAUGAAAAUGCUGUUUAAUGAGUUACUAAUAAAAGAAACUGAUUUACCAAAUAAUUAUCUGGAUGGCCUAGAACGCAUUUGUAGGGAAAAGAAAUAUGCCUUUAUGACGUUAGAUGAAAUGGCAAUAUUGUUAAAGCCAAAUAUCAACUGCAAGUUGGAGACGCUGGAUGUUAUCAUGCAGACCUCCGUAGCGAUGGGUGUGCAGUCAAAUAACCCAUAUCUUGGUAUCAUUAACAGAAAUAUUCUAUUAUUAAGAGACAGUGGAAUUCUACAACGUUUGAUGCAGACGCAAUGGUUGCGCGACCUAAACAAAAUAAAUGAAAAAUCGGAAUGGAAAUCGGUGGAGAUCGGCGACAUAGUGCCGCUAUUGUGUUUAAUAAUUAUUACGUUGUUCAUCAGCUUACUUAUCUUCGUUAUGGAACAAGUGAUCUUUAAGACGAUUUCUGAUCACUAAAUCAAGAAAGUAGUCAAUAAACCGCCUCAGCCGGACAUAAAUAUGAUGUUACGUUGCUACGAUAAUUUUUUAACCCUGAAAUAGCCACAUCAUUAUUUUUUUCGUGAUCAGCUGGGAUAUUUUUUACACCCUAUUUA